CAGGCGCGUCUCCGAGCCCGGAGCCCGGCCCACAAGGCACGGUCGUGUGUGCGUGGAGACACUCGCCGAGCCCCGCCUGAGCUUCAACACGCAGGCUCAAGGGCGCGUGCCCUACGCUGCAGGUUCUGAUUGGCCGCCACGGGCACUGCUUUCCCCACAAUGGCAGAGAUGGCUGAGGUGGCUGAGAUGCUGACACAGAUAUCACCAAGGGCAAUGGAGAUGUCAACAGAGGUGACUGAUAUGAAACCUGAGGAGGCCCUUGCCUCAUCCCUCUUUUUCCAGCACCACCAGUUCAUGUGCUCCGAGUGUGGCAGCCUCUACAACACACUGGAGGAAGUCAUCUCACACCAGGAUCAGCAUGUGCCCACUGUCACAGAGGAGGAGGCACUGACCACCCAGGACUCUGGCCUGGAGCCAGAGCUAGUGCCAGGUACUGAGGAUGGGCCUUUCCAGUGUGGUGACUGCAGCCAGCUCAUUCUCUCCCGUGGUGAGCUCCUGGCCCACCAGGACUCCCACCUGCAGGCGUCUGCAAGCCAGAUCCAGUACCAGUGUGGGGACUGCCAGGAGCUGUUCCCCUCGCCUGAGCUGUGGGUGGCUCAUCGGAAGGCCCAGCACCUUUCUACUGCAGCAGCCAGGCCACCAGUGCUGCCGCCUCCCCCGCCCCCUCCCUCAGCACCACCACCUCAAUCUCCUGCUCCACCUGGAGUCAAGAUGGAGCCCUAUGAGUGUCCUGAAUGCUGUACCCUCUGUGCCACCCCUGAGGAAUUCUUGGAGCAUCAAGGCACCCACUUUGACUCCCUAGAGAAAGAGGAAUGCAAUGGGCUAGAGGAAGAUGAGGAUGAAGAAGAUGAUGAGACAGAGGAGGAGGAGGAGGCGUUGGCCUCAGAGGUUGGUGACAAUGCUAUAGAGGGCGACAAGUCCACAGAUACCCGGACCCAGAACUGUGGGGAUUGUCCCCAACACUGGACCUCAACAGGGGCACGCCGACGACACCGGCGGGCAUCCCAUGGCCCAGCAUCAACAACCCACCCCUUCCGCUGCAGCCAGUGCCAACGCAGCUUCAGCUCAGCAAACCGGCUGCUGGCUCAUGGGCGGGCCCAUGUUGGUGGCACACACGAGUGUACCACCUGCUUCAAGGUCUUCAAGAAAGCAUCCUCAUUGGAGCAACACCUGCGACUGCACCGAGGGGAAGCCCGCUACCUCUGCGUGGACUGUGGCCGUGGCUUUAGCACAGAACUCACUUUGGUGGCCCACCGGCGGGCCCAUACCUCCAACCCAUUGCAUCGCUGCCGCUGUGGCAAGACAUUCAGCAACAUGACCAAGUUUCUCUACCACAGGCGCACCCACGCCGGCAAGAGUGGAGUGCCACCCCUCACAGCAGGAGCCUCCCUGACUCCAGCUGAGCCCAUGCCCCCACCACCGCCCCCUACCCCGCCUGCCCAGCUGCCCUGCCCACAGUGCUCGAAGUCCUUCGCCUCAGCCUCCCGCCUCUCUCGGCACCGGCGAACAGUCCAUGGGCCCCCUGAGCGACGACACUGCUGCGGGGUUUGUGGCAAGGGCUUUAAGAAGCUGGUCCAUGUACACAACCACCUGCGGACACACACGGGCGAGAGGCCCUUCCAGUGCCACUCCUGUGGCAAGACCUUUGCUUCUCUGGCCAAUCUCAGCCGCCACCAAUUGACCCACACAGGGGUGCGUCCCUACCAAUGCCUGGACUGUGGUAAGCGCUUCACACAGAGCUCUAACCUGCAGCAGCAUCGGAGGCUGCACCUGCGGCCAGUGGCCUUCGCUCGAGCACCCCGCCUCCCCAUCACUGGUCUCUACAACAAGAGCCCCUACUACUGCGGGACAUGUGGCCGCUGGUUCCGUGCCAUGGCAGGCCUACGCCUGCACCAGCGGGUCCAUGCUCGAGCACGGACAAUGACACUACAGCCCAGAUCACCACCUCCCGCCCCACCCCCACCCACCCAGCCUCAGCAGACUAUCAUGUGCACUGAGCUCGGAGAGACCAUCGCCAUCAUCGAGACAUCCCAGCCGCUGGCACUUGAGGACACACUGCAGCUGUGCCAGGCGGCACUGGGGGCCAGUGAAGCGAGCGGGCUGUUGCAGUUGGACACAGCCUUCGUGUGACACAACUAAGGGCAACAAUAAGAGUGGUUGCAACAGCAAGUGUGGGCUCCUCUGGGGAGGAAGGGGACCACACCCUGGCAAGUCCACCCCAGUCGGUUCCAGGAUCUACUAGCAUCUUACCCACUGGCUCCUCAGAAUAGCCCCGCCAGGUUUCUCUUGUCACCUUUCUCUGCCUGAGGGGAAACUGAAGCUCUGAGAUGUGAUACGAUCUGUCCCAGGUCACUCCACAUAGCAGGGUUUGCCAAGGUUCUUUGCAUCACCCUGCUACCCAGAAACAUCAGGUAACCUUUCCUGAGCCCUGGCCGUGUGCUCAGGUAUGUGCCCCAUACAUCUUUAGGUCCUUUGCUGUCCCCCCAGCCCGAGCUUCCCUGGACUUCCAGCACCCAGGACUCAGCCAUGCCUGGUGGAGGAAGGUACUGACUUCUCUGGGCUUCCUUAAUCUCACUUUUAACAAUGGAAGGAAACCUAUAGGUGCCCUAGUGCUCAGCUGCAGACAGUGAUGAUGGAGACCCAGGAAUGAGUCAGGCACGGGGCUCGGCCCAGGAGGCCUAUAGUGUGUUAGGAACAUGCACAAGUACAGAUGGCCUUGCUCUCUAAGUGUGUCUCGUUGAUUCUUUAUCAGCUUGAGUGUCCUAAGUCCUCCUGAGUGCUGGGUGAUGCUUGGGGUAAGAGACAAGUCACGCUUCUGCCCUGCCCCUCAGGGGCAGACAGAGCUCAGCCCUAGGUUCCUCAAGGUUGUGAUGGGGGUGCACAUGGACAGUGGGUCCCAGAGCAGGGAACAAAGCUCGGUGGGAGAUCAGUAGAGACCUUCUAAAGGAGGUAGGAAUCUGCUAGCAUAAGAGGAGAACAUUCCAGGCAGACGGCAUGGAGGGUGAGUUCUUAGCAUACUUGGAGACCGUCCAGUUAUUCACAGCCACAGUAACAGCGAACAUUGGACUUCUAGCCGUGGCAGGCACUGCAGUAACCACUAUACAUGUGUUAUGAUCCCAACAGGCCUGAGGUGAUCUCAGAAUGAUCCCUGUUUUACAGAUGAGAAAAUGGGCAGAAUGCUUACUUCGGCAGUACAUAUACUAAAAUUGGAAUGAUACAGAGAAGAUUAGCAUGGCCCUUGCAUAAGGAUGACAUGCAAAUUGGUGAAGUGCUACAUAGAAAAAAGAAAAUGGGCAGAGACUUGCCCAAGGUCUCACAGCUAGGCAAAGGCAUUGCUGAGAUGUGCACUUAGAUGGGCCCUUCAGCCCAUGCCCAUAACAAGUGCUAUUGAGUGAUUGCGACCUGAAACCCUUGCAGGAGCUGGGGGCUCAGAGGAUUCAUUAUAACUGGAGGAAAGGUGAGCCCAGUGUCACAGAGUAGUUGGGGUUGGGGGGGGGGAGGCCGGGUCUUUCAAAAGAUCAAAGGCCUUGGGAGCAGGAAGGGAUCCCCAGCCUUUUCAAAGGUUCCUUGAGGUGACAAUUCUUCCCUCUCUAAACAGAUGAUACAUGGCAGGUCAGGAAAUGGGGCAGAGUGAAGCAGGGUUGUCUGGGAGGGCUAGACCUGAGAAGGCCUUGAAGCUGGGCUAAAUUGGAACACUGCAAGAAGGGGUGGGCCCUAACGGGGGAUUAGGUUCCUUGGGGUCAGGGUGGGGCUAUGGGGAAGAUUAAAGAUGGUCCAGGAGGGAGAGAACAGGCCAGAGCUGGGCAUAGACCAUGGGGAUAGGAGGAGGGUGAGGGACGGUGACCUCAUGACUGACCAGAUGUAAGGGAAGGUGUCCCCAGCAACCCGACCACAGGUCCCCUCACCCAGGCCAGCCCUCCUCUCCUCUGGUCCACAUGCUUUAUGUAUGUAUUCAUCAUACAAAAAAGGUGAUGCCCAAAUGGUUCUGAGCAGGGAGACUCAGGGUUUUAUUGGGCAAUAUACAGAUGCCUCUGGGGCUUUUUAGCAGACACUACAGACGUCCUUGAACUCCCUCUGGAACACCUCUCUUCACCAGUGGAGCACAUGUCGGUUGCUCCUCCCGAUUCCCUUCUUCCUCUGCAGCCUCUGCCCUCACCUACUGCUGACACCAUGUGGAGGAGGUGCCAUUUCCCUCUGCCCGUGGUCCUAUUGUCUGGCCCCAGCAUGUUUUCUAAGUGAGGAUAAAGGCCAGGCUCUCUGCCUUAACCUUCCCCAGGGGUGUCACUUCCCAACAGGUAUGAGCCCUGUUGAGACCUGGAAAUGAAAGCUUGGGGACAGCACCUCUGCCCCCAUGCAUGCCCACUAAGAGUCUACAUCAGGCUCUGGUCUGUGUGGGUCAGUGGUUAGAGCAUCAGCCUGUGCACCACAGGUUUGAUCCCUAGCCCCAGUUGGGGCAUGUUUGGGAGGCAACCAAUCAAUGUUUCUCUCUCCCCCUCCCUCCCACUCUCUAAAAAUAAAUGGAAAAAUAUUCUCAGGUGAAGAUUAACAAAAAAAAUUUUUUUAAGUUUACAUCAGGCUAAGUUUUGUGUCCUCCAGACUCUGAAGCAGCAGGGGCUGAGACAGCUUUGUUAAAGUCUUGACCCUGCCACUUAGUCUGUGGCCAUGACCUCUCUGACCAGCUCUCCCUCCCUGGGUGGAAGCAAAUGGUUCGACCUGAGACCAGGGGGCAGGCUCCUCCCAGGCCUCUGCAGCAUAUAAACCAGACCAGUUCAUCCUCACACAGGAAGGUUGGGCCCCUCAGCCAGGAUCCAGAUUCAUGCCUCAGAUGGCCCAGUUUGGGUUCACCCUACCCUGUCCCCCACCUGAGAUACAGCCCACUCCUGUCCCAGGACAGCCCACCAGACACCUCCCUCACCUCUGAAAAAAGACAGCUAGACAGAAGCAGGUUUCAUGCCAAUAAUUUAUUGAACGGAGGUCUGUACACAGGCAAACCUUACUGUGGAAACUAAGACAUCAGGAUCCCCCCACCAUCCCUAACCCAGCCCUCCAGGGUGGGGAGAGGAGGGAGGAGACCUUAGGGCAGAGGACAGGAGGGGAACACAGCUGUAGGAGGGGGAGGAGCCAGGUUGGACGGUGCGAAUCGACGUUUUCUUUAAGAAAAAAAUUAUAACAAUCUAUUUACACCCGGGGGCCAGGAAAGAGGAGAGGAGAUGGGCUGGGCUGGUUCUAUUUACAAGGGACAGGGGAAGGGAGGGUGGGUUGGAGAAGGGCGGUCUGGGGGGAGGGAAGAGGGCCAAGGGAUAGGAGGUCCUCAUGCCCCCAACCCCGUCCAUCCUUCCUUCUCUUCCCUCCCCACAGCCAGUUGAAAUCCUCUUAAAAAGCCCACCAUAGGGGUGAGGCUGGUGAGGAAGGAACAGGAAGAGGGAACAGGGACUCAUUUACCUCUGCCCUCUAGUCUAGGGGCCCAGCCAGGGCAGGAGCUAUGGCCCCCCUUUCCCAGCCCCACCUGGGGCUCCCAGAUGGAAGGGUAGUUGGCAGGGCCCUCAGGAGGAGUUAGUGAGGGGAGCUGUGGCUUCGGCUGACUGCCAUUCUGAGCCGGUCUGAGUCUCACUUAAACCUGAAGAGGAGAAAGAAGCAGACCAGUUAGCCUUUGCUUUUAAACACCCCUCUCCCUCCCCACCCCCCCACCCCCCAAAAAAAACCUCCACAAGCAGGAAGUCCAUGUAAGAUGCUGCAUUUGAAAGUGAAAGCUGUCACUUUAGAUCCAUGGUUGCAAACUCAAAUGCCAAAGGACCGAGGAAAGGCAGGCCCACUGCCGUCCCGUCUGACUUUCUUCCCCAGGAGAAACAGGAAAACUGGACUUGAACAUGAAAUGGCCCAAACUUUUUUUAAAAUAUAUUUUAUUGAUUUUUUUUUUUUUCCAGAGAGGAAGGGAGAGGGAUAGAGAGCUAGAAAUAUCGAUGAGAGAGAAGCAUCAAUCAGCUGCCUCCUGCACACCCCCUACUGGGGAUGUGCCCACAACCAAGGUACAUGCCCUUGACCGGAAUCGAACCUGGGACCCUUCAGUCCACAGGCCGGCGCUCUAUCCACUGAGCCAAACCGGUCAGGGCCCCAAUUUUUUAAUGUGCGCAACAAAUUCAACUGUUUGUAUAGGCCAAACAUAUGUCUUUGGUUUUCCAGUUAGCAUUUCAACACAAACAUAGGCAAUAAUACCCAACACAAGUGGCCAUUCACAUGUUGUAAAAUAUGCUUUCUAUACCAUCAAGCUGUAAUUUUUACAGGAAACUGACAGGCUGUGAAAACAGCCCCUUCCCCCCCAGCUGAAAAAUGCUGCUCUACCCUGACUUACCUUGUGAGGGUGGGGUGAGGGUGGCAGUGCCCGCCGGGGACCUCAAGUGAGGAGGGAUGAGAAUGGCGUUGAGAGAUGGUUGGAUGGAGAGUUCUAGAGACAGGAAUGGACAUGCCUGGUCAGAGGGCAGGACAUCUGCAGACCCAAUUGGAGUUAGAAAAGGGCACUGAAUGGGGACCCAGCUCUUGGCAAGGCCAGUGUUUGCAGACACAUGUAGCCAUCGAGUACUUAAUAGGAAAACUGUAAAGAGCCUAGCACAGAUCAUGGGGCACAGGUGAAUCAGGUUUGGGUUUCCUUGAACCAUGGGGGCCUCUCCCAUGCCCCAGGCCUUCCUUGUCACCCACCCUCAGCUCCCCAUUCCUGUCUUCAACACCAAGCUCUUCUCCACAAUCACUGGCUGCCUCUCCAGUUCCCCAGACCCCAGGCUGUGCCCUCACCACCAGGACUGAAAUUGAAGAG